CACUGUCGCCAUCUUACCAGAAAAUCCAAGAGAGAGAAACUUGUGUGAAAAAUAUCUCGAAUACCUGUUAGUAAGCUCCUAAAUUGUAAACUCGUCUGCACAAAUUAAUAUCUCAAGCAUCACAGAAUGACAAUCUUGCCCAAAAAGAAGCAAGCAAAGGAGAAGAAUGAACAAGAAUCGGGUGAACAUUCGCAAAGUCACAUUCACGGUCACAGCUCAACAACUGUUAGCGAGCAAAGGGCAGGAAGGGCCCGAAAUUCACCCCCUAGAUGGAGUCAUACUAGCUCUAGAGACAGUAAAUUAACAACCCACGACCCAGGAGGGACGUUUGAAGAGUUUGAAUCCCGAGAAGGGAGCUCUAGUCAUAAUAAAAGGCGUCACAGAUCUCCCACCCACAGUCACAGAAGUAGAAAGCAAAGGAGCGAGUCUCGGCCGCACAGAGAAGCGACGGGGCUCUCGUCACAUCCUAGCUGUAGUUCACAAAAUACUGCUGAUAAUGAAGAGUUAAAUGAAGGAUAUAAUAGUGAAGAUGAAUAUACCACACCCAAAUGUCGGGAAAAUCUAGAAGAGUUAGAACAGUGGUUUGAGGCUGCACUGCAGAAGAAGCGACACUUUGCUAUCAAAAAGAUGAAGGAAGAUGGAGCUUGCUUAUUUCGAGCUGUGUCUGACCAAGUGUAUGGCGACCAGGAGAUGCAUUCAUUAGUAAGAAAGCAAUGUAUAGACUACAUGAUGAAAAAUGCAGACUAUUUUUCUAAUUAUGUCACGGAGGAUUUUACAACUUAUCUUAACCGCAAAAGACUAGAUAGUUGCCAUGGUAACCAUGUAGAAAUGCAGGCAAUGUCCGAGUUAUACAAUAGGCCUAUAGAAGUUUACAAGUACACAACAAAACCAAUCAACACGUUCCACGGUGCAUACAAAACAGAAAACGAACCAGUACGGCUAAGUUACCAUAACAACUCGCACUAUAACUCUGUGGUUGACCCAUAUAAAGCCACAGUGGGAGUAGGCCUAGGGCUCCCAGGGUUUCAACCGGGGUCUGCAGAUAAAAACCUUAUGAAUAAUGCAAUAAAGCAGUCUGAAGACUUCCACAUAGAGCAGACUAUGUUAGACGAUAAAAUGCGAGAAACAGACUGGGAGCUCACCCAGGAGACCAUGGAGGAGCAAGUGGCUCGCGAGUCCUACUUACAAUGGCUCCGCGAGAAUGAGAAAAGAGCAAAAGGACAAGCAUCAUCUAAAAGUGCCAGUGCUACCUGUAGCAGCAGUUCUAUGGCAGAUGGACAGUCCUUCACCUGGAGGGAAGGGCUGUCACCUGUCAAUGUCACCACUCACGCUGUGCGGUCACCAAGAAACCGUAGCGCUAAUAACUCCGGACAGAACAGUCCGAAUAGGAUGGACACUUCUGAAGCUCUGCCGUCACCCCCGCCACCCAAGCUACCUGUACAGAAUGACCAAGGUGCGUGUGCUGGGUCCCCAAAGCCUGGGUCCAGUGGAGUGCUGAACCGAAGCCCCUCACCUCCUGGGGCCUGUGGGGGUGUGGCCUCUUUUUCUGAAACAGCUUCCAUUAUGAAUCAACUUCCACCAAAUGCAUUUAACCUUUCAGACUGGGUCACUGAUGAUGAUGACAUCCUGGCUCAAGUGAUGGCCCAGUCGCAACAAGAAUAUCUGGACAGUCUGAGGAAGAACGCUGCUGGCACAAGUAAACAAUCCUCAUCCAGCGGAAACAGCUAACACACACUGCAGGGCAGCAUAGGUUGAUAUAUAGGGUUUCUAUUUUACACUGAUCAGUAAUGCUUCUAAAAGUGGGAAGCAUUGUUAAGGUUUAAAGACCACUCUCAUUUACACUAAAGACGAACUCUUAUUAGUUUAUGACUACCCCAAUGGCAUAUUUCAGUGUUUAAAGGCUAUCAUAAUAUAUGCAGCAAAUGAAUCUAUUUUUUUUUUUUUUUUUUUCAUUUUUGAUGAAGGAAAUGGAGGGUUAACAUAUCCCCGAUUUUGAUGGGACAGUAAGUUGAGAAUUGUUCCAGUGUAGCAGGAAGCUGGGCUGGUCUAUCUGCUGUGUGAUCAUUUUGUGUCCGUGUUCUUCACAUUGUGAUGAGGAAUUGUGGCAUUAUAACAUUUGAUAUAACACAGAUAUAUGCAAUCCCUGUCAAUAGUUGGUUAAGACUUGCCCAGUGCCAUAAGCCACUGUGGUAUCUUUCUGAUGCCGGUGUUUGUAUGGAAUUCGAUAGUAGAUGCUUGACUGAGUUUUUAGGAUGAAAAAAUAUUCCUAUGAUUAAAGUGUGGUAUGUCAUUGAGAGUGUAGAUUUACUUGUGUCCUUCCAUUUCUGUGAAGUAGGGCAUACUAAUGAGCUUCCAUGCAAGAUAUUUGAGUUGUCUUGUGUUGGCACCAUUUGGUCAGGGGUGGUGGAGGGUGAACACUGCCAUAUCCUAGAAUUCACUGUGGGGGGAAUGGGGCACAAGGAAAACUUUUUCCUCACUCUGCUCAUCAGAUAUAAGCCAGUAGAGGAGGACUAUUUUGUAAGGGCAUGAAAGGCACAUCUUCACUGCUCUAUUAGUUUAUUUAUUAUGUACUUGAGUAAUUGGGACACACUCAGCGAUGAUGUUUGAUUGAUGGUUUUUGUGCUAGUGACUUUUCAUGUUACUUCUCACAUGUCAUUUAAACCACAUCAUAUUUGCUUUGCUUUGUUGUUGUAGGUAAAUACUUAAAACUGCUAAGAUAUACAAAGGUUUGCUGACCCCCUCCCCCUCUGAACAAAUUAGAUAGCAAGUGAUUAGUUGAUGGAAAAAAGUGCAUUUGGAAACUUGUCACAUAUAUAAGAAUAUCCUGUCAAUGGUGACACCCCUACUUUGCUUGCAGAAAAGAACCUUUAAAAAGUUGCUGGAUUUUGAAUAGAAAUAUUUGUGAAUGGGAAAAACAGUAGUAUUUUUUUAUGAAAUGUGGUGCCUGUUUUAGGACAAAAGGGCAAGGCCAAUGUGGCCAAAGUUUUAGGCAGAUACUUAACUUAU